AUGCUAUUUUUAUGCCCUCUUUUGGGAUUUGCCAGUUGUCCUUUCGGAUUAUUUUCUGGAAUAGAUCUUCAAGGAACCUUGUCUGGUAUAAUGUUUAAUACUCCUUUUCUGUCUUUUCAGGUUUCUUCAUUGCCAGCAGCUACAGAACCUCCAAAACCCCAUCCUAAAAAAGCACCGGAGUUACCAAUCCUAGAGAGGAAAAACUGGUUGAUCUAUCUGCUGUAUGUUCGCAGAGACUACGAAGAGUGUAAGGCUGUCAUCAAAGAGCAGCUCCAGGAGUCUCAUGGGUUGUGCGAAUACGCAGUCUACGUUCAAGCUUUGAUAUUUCGCUUGGAGGGGAAAAUUCAAGAAUCUCUUGAACUUUUUCAGACAUGUUCCAUUCUGAACCCUCGAAGCGCUGACAACCUCAAGCAGGUGGCACGAUCGCUGUUUCUUUUGGGGAAGCACAAGGCAGCCAUUGAAGUAUACAAGGAAGCAGCUAAACUCGAUGAAAAGGACUGGGAGAUCAGCCACAACCUGGGUGUGUGCUACAUGUACCUGAAGCACUUCAACAAGGCACGAGAUCAGCUAAACAAUGCCCUGGAGCUCAACAGACAUGAUCUGACUUACAUGAUGCUGGGGAAAAUUCACCUACUGGAGGGGGAGACGGAUAAAGCCAUUGAAAUCUAUAAGAAAGCCGUAGAGUUUUCUCCAGAAAACACAGACCUCCUUACAACACUGGGGUUACUUUACUUGCAGCUUGGGGAUUACCAGAAGGCUUUUGAACACCUUGGAAACGCGCUUACUUACGACCCAGGCAACUACAAGGCUACCUUGGCAGCUGGCAGCAUGAUGCAGGCCCAUGGAGAUUUUGACGUUGCCCUCUCCAAAUACAGGGUGGUAGCCAGCACUGUGCCUGAAAGCCCCCCGCUGUGGAACAACAUUGGGAUGUGCUUCUUCGGGAAGAAGAAAUAUGUAGCAGCUAUCAGUUGCCUGAAGCGGGCAAACUACUUGGCUCCCUUUGACUGGAAGAUUUUGUACAAUUUGGGGUUAGUCCACCUCACGAUGCAGCAGUACGCGUCUGCUUUCCACUUCCUCAGUGCUGCCAUCAACUUCCAGCCCAAGAUGGGAGAGCUGUACAUGCUCCUUGCAGUUGCUCUGACAAACCUCGAAGACAUUGAGAAUGCAAAACGUUCCUAUGAGCAAGCUGUGGCACUGGACAAGUGCAACCCCCUCGUCAACCUGAACUACGCCGUCCUGCUGUAUAACCAGGGCGACAAGAAGGGAGCCCUCUGCCAGUACCAGGAGAUGGAGAAGAAGGUCAAUGCAGUGAAGGAGAGCAGUACUCUUGACUUUGACCCCGAGAUGGUGGAGGUUGCCCAGAAGAUGGGAGCUGCCCUGCAGGUGGGGGAGAGCCUGGUCUGGACUAAGCCUUCUAAAGAGUCUAAAUCCAAGCAGAGAGCUGCUCUGUCAGGGAAAUCCUCCAGCACUCAGCAGCCUUUGGGCUCUAACCAGGCCCUGGGUCAAGCCAUGUCCUCAGCUGCGGGGUAUGGGAAAACCAUGCAGCUUCCCCCAGGUGCUGGAGCAUCAGCUCCGCUUGCAAAGCCUCCCUCGCUGCCUCUGGAACCAGAAUCGGGCUCAGAAAUGAGCCCCGAGGAGACCUCGGCACCAACGGGGGCCGAGGAACAGAGGAAAGAAAAGCGCAAGAGCCGGCAGGCAGCGGACUAGGAUGGACUCCGGUCAGGACAGGCAGGUGCAGGAGCAUCUCCGGAGCUGCCUGCUGACUUGUGGGGAAAGGGACCUGCCCUCUCCCCCGACCCAUGGUGGCUUCACCCCACUGUCAGUUAGCCUAAAUGCAGCUGUUUUCUGUUAAUGAUUUUAGCACGUGGUCUCUACCUUGUCCCAAGGAGUCGUUGCAGCAAUCAGAAGAGGUUUCUGCGUAGCUACUGUUAGUGUGGUCACAGCUUACUACAAGAGACUGGAGGAUGGAGAUCUAUCUCUCCACGGGGUUGGCAGUCUUCAGUGUUUGGGUGUAAGUCCUCCAGAAGGAUGCUGAGGCAUCCAGUAUGUUUAGAAAAGCCAGCAGUAGUGAGUUAGCAUCCUGGACCCCGAAGAGGAUCAAACCCUUCCAGUGGCUGAACUUGUAAGCGGCUGAGGAAGCCCUACACCGGCUGUAGUAAGGUCAGUGGUAAUACGCUCAGAGAGGGGGUGAAGGUAGCACACCUCACCAGGGCAAGCGCAGAGCAGUAAGCCAGGCUCAGGACUAGCACAGCCUGGCUUACUGUGAAACAGGGGCUUGUCACUCCCCGUCUCACAAGGGCAAGACUUUGUAAAUGCUUUCUCAAGGCUGAAGAAAGGAAGCUGAAACAGCUGGGAGCUGGUAUUCCUGAGCAGGGCAAUGUCACGGUCACAGGGCACGAGAGGCGCUUCAAAGCCCACGCUUUCCAUAGCGGUGGCAGUCAGGAAACAAGGGGGAGCUGCACAGCAAAGGUGAGCCGGUUUGCCUUGAGGUGAUCGCUCCAUUAACACGCAGCCCGGUGGAGGGUGGAUGGCCGAAGCAGACCUGCUGUG